UGUUACCAUAAGCACAGUUCGUCAAGACCUAUCACAGCUCGUAACUUAGUUUGGGACAAUGGCCAUUAAGAUUUUCGCUGCGCUCACCUGUUGCCUCGCAUUGACAGCGAUAAACGCCACGCCAUAUGGACAUCAUGGACAUGAUGGCGGUCAUGGAGGACAUGGUGGUGGUCAUGGAUUUGAAGUUCAUAGUGGUGGAUCUAGCCACGCUUCAGUACAUUUAGUUUCACAUGACGAUCAUCAUGGUGAUCAUGGUCAUCAUGGACAUGAGCAUGGUGAUGGCAGCGACUCGCAUGCUGAGUAUCAUUUCAGCUAUGGUGUUAAGGAUAAGAAGACAGGUGAUGUGAAAGGGCACAGCGAAAAGCGUGAUGGUCAUAAGGUAUCCGGCCAUUACGAGUUGAUCGAUGCGGAUGGUCAUAAGCGAACUGUCCACUAUACUGCUGACAAACACAGCGGCUUCCAUGCCGUGGUGCACCGUGAACCUACACACGAGCAUGUAGCCGACCAUGGACACACCAGCUACUACGGUGGACACGCUGAGGUCGAAUCCCACGACGGUGGCCAUGGAGGAGAUGAUGGCGGUCAUAGCUACGGAGAUGAACAUGGACAUGGUCAUGGUCAUGGUCAUGGACAUGUUGGUGGUCACAGCAGCCACUCUAGUGGUUUCUCAAUCAAACAAGAACAUGGCGUUGGCAUUCAUCAUCAUGGUGGUCACGACGAUCAUGGAGGUCAUUAA